GAGGAGGAAGUGAUCAAGCUCUGAUAUCUGAUCUCUGAUAUCACCAGGACUGAGAACAACAGACAGCAGCAUCUAUGUUUGUAUAUAUCUGUGGUGAAAAGGACCAGACUCUCUCUCUUGUUUGUGAGACUCCAAAAACACUCUAACAGCUUAGAAGGAGCUGGUGCACUAAAGAAACAACCUUUAUACUAAAAUCAAGCAGAGCGCAGAACUAGAACAGAUACCAUGCUGGACACUUUCAUUCUUGCUUGGAUUUUCUUUUGUCUUCUCUUCCUCUUCGUCAGGAUCCAGAGACCCAAGAACUUUCCUCCUGGACCCCGGCCUGUGCCCCUAUUCGGGAAUCUGUUUGAGCUGACCAUUGACAAUCCACUGAAAGACUUUGAGAGGUUGGCUCAGCGCUAUGGGAACGUUUACAGCCUCUACUAUGGAGGAAGACCAGCAGUGGUUCUUAAUGGUUUCAAGGCUAUGAAGGAAGCUCUGGUGAUCAAGGCUGCAGACUUUUCAGGACGUCCACAAAACGUCCUAAUGAGCCAUCUAACGCAAGGAAAUGGGGUCGUAUUUCUUGACUAUGGUCCUGCCUGGAAGGAGCAUCGGCGCUUUUCCCUCAUGACCCUGAGGAACUUUGGCAUGGGGAAGCGGUCUAUGGAGGACAGGAUCCUGGGAGAGACUGAACACAUUGUUGCACAUUUGGAAAAAAGUGCUGGAGACUCCAUCGAUCCUGAAACUUUGUUUCAUAAAGCUGCAUCAAAUAUCAUGUACCUGGUUUUAUAUGGCACUCGCCUUGACUACGAGGACAAAACCCUCCAAGAAUAUUUUGACCACUAUGAUGAACUUGCAAAGGUCACCAACGGACCCUGGGGAACGAUAUAUGAUAUGGUUCCUAUUGUGAGAGCCCUGCCCCUUCCCUUUAAGAAAGCCUUUGCACAUUUUGAGGCAAUCAAAGCCAUGAUAGCAAGCAUGGUGAGAAAACACAAGACAUCCAGAAUCCCAGGAGAGCCAGAAAACUUGGUCGACUGCUAUCUGGAUGAACUUGAUAAGGGAGCAAAUAAUGGAUCCUACUUUAAUGAUGCAGAUCUUGUGAGAACCAUCAUGGACCUGCAUGGUGGUGGGACAGAAACCACCUCCAACACCCUCCUAACAGCGUUCCUCUACCUUAUGACCAAACCUGGCAUUCAGGAGAGAUGUCAGAAGGAGAUUGACGAGGUUCUGGAGGGUAAAGCUCACGCGUCCUUUGAGGACAGACACAAGAUGCCUUACACACAUGCUGUGAUCCAUGAAUCUCAGCGCAUCGCCAGUUCCUUCCCUCUCAGUGUUCCCCACUGCACCACAAGAGACACUGAACUGAUGGGCUACAGCAUCCCAAAGGGUACUCUAAUCAUCCCAAACCUCCUGUCAGUGCUGAGGGAGGAAGGCCAGUGGAAGUUUCCUCAUGAGUUCACUCCAGCUAACUUCCUGAAUGAGCAGGGACAGUUCGAGAAGCAUGAGGCCUUCCUGCCCUUUUCUGCUGGGCCUCGUGUGUGUCUUGGUGAAGGUCUGGCUCGAAUGGAGCUCUUCCUCAUCUUGGUCACUCUGCUGCGCCGGUUCCAGUUCUUCUGGCCUGAAGAUGCAGGAGAACCAGACUAUACUCCUGUAUUUGGAGUCAGUCUCAAACCCAAACCGUACAGGAUGGGCAUCAGACUGAGAUGAGCAGCUAGAGGAAUGUGGAAACUGCCAGCUAUUUCAUUCUAAUAUAAGGCUGAAUCUAAAAUAUGGCAGAAGUGCAGUUUAGGAACCUUUGUAAUGACAAUGACAAAAUUAUGGUAGAAUAGAAAAAAAUAAUAUAGGUGUGAAUCAGUUGCAUUAAAAAUUAUAAAGAGACAUAAUAAUUAAUGGACUUUAAUAUUAGAGUAAUAAUUAAUUAAUAGCAAUGUAUAAAAUCCACUUCACUAAUAGUUUAAUCAAACAGCAUUGCAAGUAUACCUUUACCACACCACUAAAGACGUUUUUUGGAGUUUACCUGAUGUGAUCAAACCCCAAAAAUCUAAGUGUGGGGAUUACAACCUGAGAAAUGUAGUUAUUGGAGAAUAUUCUCCAUACUGGUGACAGCUGUUUUGUAGCUCAGUCAUUCUAAAUGAAGCAUUAUGUAUUACUGUAGGUAGCAAAAUGUAGCAAAAUUAGCUGCUUGGCUAAGACCUACUACACACUGUCAUGGAAAAGUGUUUUAGCUUCAAAUCUACAAUUUUUUUGGUAUUCAGUUUAAGGAAGUAAAAUUAUAUAGUACUAGUGAUUAGUACUACUGUAUUAUAUUUCAGCAUAUAACCAUAUAGUGUAUAGCAUAUAGCAAGUCAUUUCUUAAUAGCGAGAGGUCAUUUCUACUGUUAUGAAUUAAAAUUGAUCAUGUGCUACUUGUCAUGAGUAAAAAGAGACUCAGAAAUUCUAAUAAUUCAGUGUUUAAAUUGAAAUGUUACACAUAAAAGUAAAACUUUCUAGUCUUACAUCUAAUAAUUGAAUUUGCAUAUAUGGCAUUAAUACAUUUGUCACUGAUAAGAAAUAAAUUCUUAACAUACAAUAGUUACAAUUUCAACAUGACAGUUGAAUUAACACAUUAAAAUGUAAUUCCUAUUUCUAAAGUUGUUCCUCCCAGUAAAGUAAAAUGGGAAAUUCCACAAAUUCUUCCCAGUAAGAAAUGAAAUCUCACAUGCAUCUUAACUGUCAGGUUGAGAACCACUGCUCUUCUCUCUCAGCAUGUGAAUGAAUAAUGAUUUCUUUUAUGUAACAGUCUAAGCCUGUUAGGAACAGCGGUGAUGUAACAGGCCCAUUAUUAACUGGCUGUGAGGAACAAUAAGCAAAUCUAACAGAAAAAAAACUAAUAAUCCAAAGGGGAAAAGUUCAUGUGGCCUAGGUACAACCAUUCCCUUCAGUUCCCUUGGCUAAAGGAGCACUGCUUAAGGGUAUCGUUGUAAUUUCCUGUCUCGCUCUGUCCUGGGUUUUUUUUCUGUUUCAGCCUUUGUUUUGUCGUUUCUCUGUGCUACUUGCUUUUGUUUGUGUCUUCUGCCAUGUUUCUUUUGUUUUCUCGUGCCAUGUGCUUUUGUCAUUGUUUUGGUCUCUGUCUCUUCCCUCGUCCUGCCCCCUUGUUAUCUGCUCCACCUGCCUGUAGUCUGUAGCCCUGCCCUCUUAUUAAUCAUAAGUGUUUCUUGUUUCCUCUCAGUGUAUGUUUAGAUACAUACACAGAUAGAUGUGUUUGCUCAGUCCCUUUGUCCUGCAUUGUUACGUUGCCCUCUGUUUUCCUCUGUUUUGUGUCAUAAUGCACGCAUCCAGCCUCAACUUCUCCUACGUUACAGAAAACAAGAUCAAACAGGGAUGCAGCGAGUUUGCAAGAACUUGUUGAAAGAAAUGAAUCCAGGCUGCAAGAGGGAUACCUGGUAUUGCAACGGUUUAAGUCUGCGCUGCCGAGUGGACUGUUGGAUGCUACCUUACAGACUGACUUCUGUGCCCUCCUUAUUUUAAAUGACCGUGCUCUAAUCCCUCCAGAAUCCGGCGAGGCUCAUGCGGAUGAAAGUGUAGCCUCUUCCCAGCACCGGAAAUGCCAUAGAAAGCACUGUGGUCGAGCACAUCUCCCCACGGUAGAAGAGAAAUUUCUGGACUUUCUUUAUACAGCCUCUCUGGCGCCAUCCAGUGCUCUGUAGAGCAGCAGUGGGCCUGUGCAUGUCCUCACAGUGUCGCCCAGUGCUCUGGUGAGCACUAGUAAACAGCGGCCUGCCUCUGAGGAUGUCACAGCAUCUGUCUGCCUCCGAGGACAUUGAUGUGGCUCAGCCUGUGUCUGCUUUCAAAACAGAUCCCUCGCAGUCUCAAGAGUUCCCUGACCAGCCGGCCUCUGUGUCUCCAGACCUUCCCAUGGUCUCAUUGUCUCCAGACCUGCCCGUGGCUUCCGAGUCUCCUGCCCUGCUCUUUGUCCCAUCUCCUGUCCUAUCCCACGUUCAGUCCACUGUCCAGUUUCAUGCUCGUUCCCCUGUCCGGUCUCCAGUCUAGUCCUUUGUCCAGUCUUAUGUCCAGUCUUUUGAUGACUUUCCUGUCUGUUUCCCAGGUAAGUUCCCUGUCUAGCCCUUGUUUCCAGCCUCCCCUCUGAGCCAACUUCCUUAGUCUGUUUCAUUCUGUGCCUCAGGAGCUGCGCUUUAGAGGCGGGGUCUUCUGUAACAUCCUGUUUUGCUCUGUCUUUGUCUUUUUCUGUUUUAUCCUUUGUUUUAUUGUUUCUCUGUGCCACGUGUUUUUGUUUGUCUUCUGUCCUGUGCCUUUAGUUUUCUUGUGCCAUGUGCUUUUGUUGUUUUUUGGUCAGUGUCUCCUCUCUAGUCCUGUCCCCUUGUCCCCCUCUGCUCCACCUGCCUGUAGUCUGUAGCCCUGCCCUCUCAUUAAUCCCAAGCAUGUCCUGUUUCCUCUCAGUAUAUUCAUAGCCCUGGGUUUGCUCAGUCAUUUUGUCUUGCAUUGCAUAUGUUACCCUAUUGCUGUUGCCUGUUUUCACUGGUCUUAUGGUUAGGAUGCUACUCAGUUUCUGGAAUCUGGUGUAAAUAAAAGCAACCCCCUUGCA